AUGCAUAUUUUCCCAAUGAGAGCUUUUCUAACUCCACUGGUGUUGCUGAUCUGUCAUUUGGGAGUAGCUAAGGAAAUUCCAAGUGAAGAUGAAUCCUCUCACUUACAGACAGCCCUUCACUUUGACAUCAAUUCUGAGCUGAGAGAUCUGAGAGACAUGGUGGUGCUGCAAAGAGCAGAGCUGAGCCGCACCAUGACUGAACUACGAGACACUAAGAUUCAGGUGGAGGUGCUGAAAACAGAGAACUCAGUAAUGGGGUCCAGGCUGAUGAGUUCUGAAGGACAACUUGAGGCAUUGAAGACAGAGAAUGCAGCCAUACUGAGCAGGGUAACAUCCACUGAGGGCGAGGUUGCAAAACUGCAGAGGGAGAAUGCAGAGAGACCCAAGGUGGCAUUUUCAACCUCUUUGGGAAAAACUGGACACCAAGGACCAUUCAACAUUGCCACGACCGUAGUCUACAAGAACAUCUUCACAAACACCGGUGAACACUACAACCAAGCUACAGGUAUCUUCACAGCACCUGUGAGAGGGGUCUACCACUUCAGCUUCACAAUGGGUGAUUUUCUCCAGUCAACAGUUAUGGGCCUAUCCCUGUUCAAGAAUGAACAGCAAAUAAUUCAUUCAGGGGAAGUAGGUGACCAUCAGCAGUUUAGGUAUGCAUCCAAUGCAGUCAUACUACAGCUGGAAGUGGGAGAUGUUGUUUUUAUGCAACUCCCUGCAAACUACAGGAUAUAUGAUGAUUCAAAUCACCGUAACACAUUUAUUGGCAUUCUACUCUUUCCUGUUUGAGAAAGUUUUAAAUGUGUUGUGAUGAUGAACAUCAAUGAAGUGCUCUUGAUCAAUGAAGUGCUUUUGACCAAUCUUAUUUCAUUUAAUUAUUGCUGCACAGAGACAUUAUACACAAGCACCUGCGCUCUCACGUGCACACAAACGCACACUUCUGAUCCACAACACAUGCUGCAUUAUUCACUUAGACCAGUAGGGGGUAGUAAAUGCCUAUAUUUGGUUGUGUGGUCUUUCAAGUGAGAUGGAGACAGACAACACAGACCUUUAAUGUGAAUGGAUUGAUGGAUGGAAAUUAUUCAACCUCACCAUGGCAACACAUAUAUUUGCUAUGUAUGGAGGUCAGUAAGGAUAUCUUAUUGUAAGGUGUAAGUUUAUAUACAAUGUGCAAUAUGAUAUGAAACUUUUCAGGAAGUUAGGAACCAGUAUACACAGGCAGUAAUGGAAAGCAAAGGCUUGCUUUUUCAAACAGAAAUUUGCAUCCUGUAGCACUAAUUCCAAAGAGUUUUGGGACACUAAUGUCCAUGGAGAAAAAGAGCACCUCCUCCCAGCUGCCCACUACACUGAAGCUAGGAAACAUUGUCACCACCGAUAAAUCAACGAUAACCGAGAAUUUCAAUAAGAAUUUUUCUACGGCUGGCCAUGCUUUCCACCUGGCUACCCCUACCCCGGUCAACAGCUCUGCACCCCCCACAGCAACUUGCCCAAGCCUCCCCCAUUUCUCCUUCAUCCAAAUACAGAUAGCUGAUGUUCUGAAAGACCUAUAAAAUCUGGACCCCUACAAAACAGCUGGGCUAGACAUUCUGGACAAUUCCUAUUUCGCAUCAAAGCAUCCUCCACUCAUGCUGCCAACAUACCAUUGUAAAACUGACUAUCCUACCGAUCCUUGACUUUGUCGAUGUCAUUUACAAAAUAGCCUCCAACACAGCAAAUUGGAUGUAGUCUAUCACAGUUUUGUCACCAAAACGGAUACUACCCACCACUGCGACCUGUAUGCUCUUGUUGGCUGGCCCUCGCUUCAUAUUCGUCACCAAACCCACUGGCUCCAGGUCAUUUAUAAGUCUUUGCUAGGUAAAGCCCCGCCUUAUCUCAGCUCACUGGUCACCAUAGCAGCACCCACCCGUAGCACGUGCUCCAGCAGGUAUAUUUCACUGGUCACCAUAGCAACACCCACCUGUAGCACGCGCUCCAGCAGGUAUAUUUCACUGGUCACCAUAGCAACACCCACCCGUAGCACGCGCUCCAGCAGGUAUAUUUCACUGGUCACCAUAGCAGCACCCACCCGUAGCACGUGCUCCAGCAGGUAUAUUUCACUGGUCACCAUAGCAGCACCCACCCGUAGCACGCGCUCCAGCAGGUAUAUUUCACUGGUCACCUUAGCAACACCCACCCGUAGCACGCGCUCCAGCAGGUAUAUUUCACUGGUCAUCCCCAAAGCCAACUCCUAUUUGGCCGCCAGUUCUCCAGUUCUCUGCUGCCAAUGAUUGGAACAAAUUGCAAAAAUUGCUGAAGCUGGAGUCUUAUAUCUCCCUCACUAACUUUAAGCAUCAGAUGUUGGAGGAGCUUACCGAUUGUUGCACCAGUACAUAGCCCAUCUGUAAAUAGCCCACCCAACUACCUCAUCUGAAUAUUGUUAUUUAUUUUUUGCUUCUUUGCACCCCAGUAUCUCUACUUGCACAUUCAUCUUCUGCACAUCUAUCACUCCAGUGUUUAAUUGCUAAAUUGUAAUUAUUUUGCCUCUAUGGCCUAUUUUUUUGCCUUACGUCCCUAAUCUUACUACAUUUGCACACACUGUAUAUAGAUUUUUCUAUUGUGUUAUUGACUGUACAUUUGUUUAUCCAAUGUGUAACUCUGUGUUGUUUGUGUCGCACUGGUAUGCUUUAUCUUGGCCAGGUCGCAGUUGUAAAUGAGAACUUGUUCUCAACUAUCCUACCUGGUUAAAUAAAGGUGAAA